AUGUAUAGACAAAAAUUAUUUUUUGUCUCUAUUUUAUUAUUUAUUUCAAUAGCUGCACAAGAUGAUAAGAAAAAAACAUGUAUACAGAAUUUGGUUGUGAAUGGAACAAAUUUGAUUGCACUUUAUCGAAAACAAUUACUUGUAUUGGGUAUUACAAAUUUUAAUAAUCCGUCAUCUCGAAUUCAAGCUAAUAGAUUUAAUGAUUUGUAUCGUGAACUUCAACGUGAUGGUUUACGUGAUUCAAUUGUACGUAUUAUUCUUGUUAAUGAAGCUGAUGCUGCAAAUCAAUUAUCUGGAAAUUAUUAUGAUCAAAUUCGUGUAUUUCAAGAUAAUUCAAAAGAUCAUUUAAUUAAAAAAUUACGUAAUCAUGGACAAACAUUAGAUAAUUUUGUAUUUGGAAGAUGUGGCUAUCUUGGAUUUACACAAGAACCGCCCAAUUCAAAUCUUGAAGAUAGAAAAAACUAUCGAGAACUUCUUCAACAUAUAAAAACAGCAGUAAAGCAUAAACGACGUUGUCAAAGAUUAUGUAGUUAA